GCCAAUCAAAGCACGUUUCCGCCUUGGAGUAUGGCUAUGUAAAAAUGUUGUUUACAAAUACUAUGUAUAUUUUAAUUGAUUUUGAAAACAAUACAGUGGCGGAUGGUGGCUUUAAGAGGUUUUUUGCUGCUUGCUGCAACUGGAACAGGUGCUGACGAGACCGCAGAACCAAAACAGUGAGCUGAAAGUCGCUAAACUGCUGCAUUAGGAUGAGGGGAAUUACUGCGUCAGCCAUCAAAACGCGGCUAUGGCCAAAGCAGAAAACGAGCAAAAAAUCCAAAGAUGAGCCUCAGACCGUCCAGAAGACGGCAAGGCCGCUGGCCUCUGCUGCCGUAUGUGCCUUGCCACAGCUGACCGAAGCAGAGAGAAUGAGGCAGUCACCCUUUGAGAGGAUCGUCUAUGACAUGGCCCACAACGAGAAGAUCAUCAACGACCUGAUGCUCGGUCGAAGGGUUGGCUUUUAUGAGCUGCGCGGAGAGAUCGGGCGGGGCAACUUCUCUACUGUCAGGCUGGGCAUCCAUGCCUUGACAAAAGAGAGAGUAGCUGUCAAAGUCAUGGACAAGGUGCGUCUGGAGGAAAAGAGCAAGCCUUUGACUUCCUCAGAAAUCAGCUGCAUGGAGAAGCUGUGCCACCCCAACGUAGUACGUCUUUACGAGGUGAUCGAGACCAGCCGGAAACUAUAUUUGGUGAUGGAGUAUGGCAGCAGUGGAGACCUUUUCUCCCGAAUCUCCACUAGGGGGAAGCUUAACGACCUGGAAACCAAGCUGGUCUUCGCGCAAGUCAUCUCUGCUGUUAAACACAUGCAUGACAAUAACAUCGUCCACAGAGAUCUUAAGGCAGAAAACAUCUUUUACACCACCAGCCACUGCAUCAAGGUGGGAGAUUUCGGCUUCAGCAGAGAGAGCAGCCCUGAUGAACUUCUCACCAAUUUCUGUGGAUCUCCACCUUACGCUGCUCCUGAACUGUUUAAGGAAAAAGGCUACAUUGGACGCUAUUCUGAUAUUUGGGCUUUAGGUAUUCUCUUGUACUUCAUUGUGACAGCCACAAUGCCCUUUAAUGGGGACAACAUGGGUAGGCUGAAGCGGUGCAUCCUCCAGGGGGCUUACAGUAUCCCUGCUUAUGUGCCCAAUCCCUGCCAUCAGGUCAUAAAGGGCAUGCUGCGGCCUGUGCCUGCUGAUCGCUCGUCUCUCGCACAGAUUACAAACAGUGCUUGGCUGAGGGGGAUCGAGUACCCUCCUCCGUAUGUGUUGUUGCCCAUGUCCCCCGCCCACUUUGCCCAGGCCAGCGGGCAUCUGUGUGUGGAGGAGCAGGAGGUGAAGAGUUUGCUGUCAGAUCUAGGUAUUGUGACAGUUCAUUUCCAAAACAAUCCCUGUUUAGACUGUAGUAGCCCGUUGACGGGGACAUACCGGAUCCUCCUCCAUCGGGUCCAGAAGAGGAGGUCAGUGGAGGCUGUAGGUUAUUCAGUGCAUCACCCUGAUGAGUAUAGGAGCCCGGAGAAGUGGUCUGCAACAUCUGUGGACAAACACAUUCCCUCUGCUGUCUGUGUUAUACUGUAAUGAAAAAUGACUGGAGUACCUGAGUUGUAUCUACGCAGGCACUUUAUCACAUGCACAUGUGCUAGUAAAGCAUUCAAGUUGUAUCAUGCAGUGCUGGACUGAAAUGGCACACAAACAGAGGUUGAGGUCAGAGUCGGAGGAUUCUUCAGUCCCACAGUGUAAGUCAAUAAUAGCUCACAGAAUAAGGAACCUCUCUUAGAUAAUUGGCUAUGGAUUUCUGUACUGAUUAUAUCAUCGACAACAAUCGUACUGACGCAAAGCAUUGAUCAGUCACUGUAUGGCCAUCUGCAUCUUCCAAUCCCUCUUAGUCACAGCAUAAAUCUAUUGAAUUAAUCCAAGGCCACAGGUAAUCCUAUUAGGGGAGACACCGAGAACAUGCUUGUUCCAACAGAAAGGAACCCUGAGACAAUUGGGGGAAAAAAACAUUUCCUGGGAAAAAAUGACGUUAGGCUUAAAACAAAAUUCUCACCAAACGAGGCCAGAACAAUAGACUCAAUGUAAAUCCAGUCCUCAGCCGUCUUUAAUGUUUUUUGUGUUUUUUAAACACAAUAAGCGCUGCCUAAAAUGCCUUAAUUUAAUGAAGAUUUUCAUUUAUUAACUUUCUAACUAAAAAGCACAUUUUAUGACUGUGAUAACAAAGUCUGGAGCACAUACAUCAUUUUAGGUUUUGCUCAGUUAUAAUCUCAUUUUGUUCAUAUGUAUGCUGAGUAUCGUGCUUAUGUUUUAAGGCAAGACUUUCAUCCACGCUAUAUGGAUAUUGACCUGAAUUUAAUGACACUCUGUAUUAAUAAU